AUGCCCAGCAGUGAAUAUGGUCGCCGCGAGCGGGCGGGCUCGAUCGGCUCCUCAAGUACGGCAGCUGGAACUGCCGACGAGCAUGAGAAGCUGGCAACCUCUCCGAGGCGCAACAAAAGCAUGGAGCUUGGCGACAUCGAGGCGCGCAACGAGCGAGAAGACGCAGCUUUCUUGAGCAGUCAUGCCGAUGAAAAGCCAGCGCCUCCAAAGAGUGGCUUCACGAUGGCCCUGGUUUGGAUGGUCAUCAACACACUGGCUACCAUUGGAAUUGUCUUCACAAACAAAGCCAUAUUUUCCGACCCAUCCUUGAAGCUGGCCCAACUCACAUUUGCAGGCUUCCACUUCGUCGUGACCUGGUUCACGCUCUUCGUGCUCUCACUCCCGCGCUUCGCCUUUUUCGAGCCGCGCCGCGCCUCCAUCCGCGACAUCCUGCCGCUGGCUGUCGCUAUGGCGCUCAACGUCAUCCUCCCGAACCUCUCGCUCGCCUUCUCUUCCAUCACCUUCUACCAGGUUGCCCGCAUCCUCCUCACCCCCUGCGUGGCCCUAAUGAAUUACGUCCUGUACCGCGCCACGCUGCCCCGCAACGCCAUCCUCAUGCUGAUCCCCGCCUGCGCGGGCGUGGGCUUGGUGUCGUACUACGACUCGCUCCCCUCGGCGAAUGCAAACGUGAAGACGACCUCUGGCCUGGGCGUCUUCUUUGCCUUCUCGGGAAUUUUCGCCUCUUCGUUGUACACGGUAUGGAUCGCAAGCUACCACCGCAAGCUGCAGAUGAGCAGCAUGCAGCUCCUUUACAACCAGGCGCCUGUUUCGGCCUUUCUCCUGCUAUACGUCAUUCCCUUUGUCGAUACUUUUCCGAAGUGGACCCAAGUCCAGUUGAGUCGCUGGGUGAUGAUAUUGAUGUCGGGCAUAUUUGCGUCCCUCAUCAACAUUUCCCAGUUCUUCAUCAUUGCCCAGACUGGUCCAGUCUCUAGCACGGUUGUGGGACAUGUGAAGACAUGUACCAUCGUGGCCCUGGGCUGGGUAACCUCCGGCCGUGCCAUUGGUGAUAAGUCGGUCCUUGGUGUUUUCAUUGCGGUAGGCGGUAUUGUCGGUCAAACUCAGAACUUCCCCCUGCUCACAAACAGCGACAGAUAUUCGAUCGUGAUGCUCAAGCACAAUGAAAAGAAAAAGGCCCAGGCCGGAAGGUCGUGA